UCUAGCAAAAAGAGGUUUGUGUAUAUUGGAUACUAAGAAUCUUUGAGACUUUGAAUAACUUGUGUAAUUAUUUGUCUAUUGAAUAACUUGGUUUCAGUAUUUUUGGUGCCCCACAAAUCACAAUGUUUUUAUAGGUUCUUUGACUAAUAUUAUGGAUGGUAAAAAUGGAGCUAUUCUAUGUAUUUUAAGCGACAUUUGUAAUAAUAGGCUCCUAAAAAUGGAUUAUUUCUCAUCCACAUGACCACAUCCAUUAAGUCACAUUUUAGUGAUAUAUUUUUAGUAUAAGACUGGUGGCAGAGAACAAAAGAAAAAAUAUAUAUAUAGCAGUAAAAAAGUAAGUAUUCAACAAAAUAAUUUUAAACGUUAAAAAUAAGAAAAUAAAGAAAAAACCAAAAAAAAUGGCUUCCAAAUUAAAUUUCACAUUGUGUUUGCUCGGAUUUUAUUUGCUCAUCAUAGAAGUUAGUUGUCAGACUCAGAACCUAGCUCCUGGUGAUACCAUUGUAUUUGACAUAACCACGAAAGGUGCAAAACCUGGUGCCGAUGUCACACAGGCUUUUUUGGACUCAUGGACUGCAGCAUGUGCAUCAAAAAAACCUAGCAAGGUCUUAGUUCCUGCAGGAAAUUAUCUCCUAGGAGCCAUUACUCUUAAAGGUCCAUGCCAGACACCAACUGUAAUUGAAAUCUUAGGGAACUUCAAGGCUCCUUCAGAUGUGGCAGCUUUUAAAGGGCAUUCAUGGUUUAAGGUAGAAAAUGUUGACAGUGUGAUAAUCAUUGGUGGUAAAGGAGGAGGUGUUUUUGAUGGCCAAGGACAAGCAGGAUGGAAAAAAAACGAAUGUUCUAAGAAUGCUAACUGCGCCUUUGACCUUCCUUAUAACAUAAGGUUCAAUUUUGUGUCCAACUCAAAAGUAAGUGGCUUAACUUCGCUAAACAGCAAGUCGUUUCACAUUGUUCUCAUGGGGUGUAAGCAACUAGAGUUGUCAGGCAUGACUGUAACCGCCCCAGCAGACAGCCCUAACACGGAUGGCAUUCACAUUGGACGUUCAGAAAACAUUAUCGUAAGAGGGUGGACAAUAGGCACCGGAGAUGAUUGCGUGUCUUUUGGUGAUGGGGCUAAGAACGUCCUUAUAGAAGGAGUCACAUGUGGGCCCGGUCAUGGUCUCAGUGUUGGGAGCUUGGGUAAAUACCCAAAUGAAGAACCAGUUUCAAAUAUUACUAUCAGGAAUUGUAUCAUCAAGAACGCUGACAAUGGUGUCCGGGUUAAAACAUGGCACAACUCUUAUGAAUCCACUGUCACUGGCUUAUAUUUUGAGGAUAUCACUCUUGAAAAUGUCAGAAAUCCUGUCAUUGUUGAUCAAGAAUAUUGCCCCUGGAAUCAUUGCAAAGCAAGGACACCAUCGAAAGUUAAGAUUUCUGACAUCCGAUUCAAGAAUGUGAGGGGAAAAUCAAGCACCAAGGAAGCAGUGAAACUGAUUUGCAGCCAAGGUGUGCCAUGCGAUAAGGUAGAGCUAGCUGACAUAGACAUACAAUACACUGGACCUGGUGGUCCUGCAGUAUCAAUGUGUAAAUUUGUGAAGCCUCUUCUUACUGGAAAGCAGAGUCCACCUGCUUGUGAUGCACCUGCUACCCCUAUUAUUGAAUCUUGAGGUUCAGGCCUAGGAUUUUUUAAGUACUAGUACUAUUUUUUUUUUCUUAAUUUUUCUUCGAGGUGUAAUGCAGGGACAGAGAAUAUGUAAAUAAGCGUUAAUUUCCAUCAAGGCAAGAAUAACUUGAGGAAAAUUACCAACAAACAUACAUUCAUAUUUCAUCCCCUGAAAAAGGAGCAAUUCUGGCCAUACAAUGAGCUAUUGUAUUCCCACCCUUAUACUACUUUUUACAGUUUCGUAGUUUUCAAUCUUAUACUUUAGUUUAGUUUAGCAUGCACUCUCGAGUAAUCUUUGUAAUAAAUAUCCAUUAAUACAAUAAAGGAAGAAGCAAGCAUACGAGUUUUCGACAAUUUUAUCAUGCUCCUCUUCUUAGCUUCUCUUACCUCUAUAUGGAUUCACUCUUGUUCAAAAAUUGUAAGAACGAAAGUUAAGAAUUAUAUUAUGUGGUGUAACAAAAGAAAAUGAUCACAUUCACAGUAUAUUAAUUAGAGAAUAUAUAUUGCUUCCAUGCAAGUAUACAACGUUAAUACCAAACAAUUGACAAGCAGAGCACUAGAGCAGCAGCCCCAAACCACGAACGAUCAAACAAUGAUUAUUC